UGAUGGAUUCACCUCGCAGGUGAACUGCUUGCGAUGGUCUCCGACUCACCCGGCGGUGUUUGUUGCGGGGGAAAGCAACGGCCGCGUCGCUGCGUGGGAUUUAUCGCGGAACUCGUUUUCCCCCGUGGCAGUGGUGUAUUUGCGAUCCGUCCCAUCUGCAGCGGGGUGGGCGAGCACGCCUUCCGCGACAAGCGCGGUGAGUGCAGGCUCGUAUCGCAGCGCAGCCGUCACCAACCUUGCGUUUUCGGACGACGGUGCGUGGCUUUCGUGCGGCACCGCCGCUGGCGAGAUCCAUCUGCUGCACCUGCGAUCGGAUCUUACGGUAGAGAAUGCGGCGACGACGGCAGCCAAAGAAGUAAAGGCGGGCCCGCUAUCUCGCGCGCGCAACGAGGAGGUAGCAUUCAAGGAUGGCUGUGAUGACGCGACCGUGACUGCAGCAGCCGUUGGGCGUCAUGCCACUUCCUCUUGGAUUGACGCGCGGUUUGGCUUUUAG